CCUCUCUUAUGCCCUUUCGCGAAGAACUGAUAGUGAGGACAGGUUCCUGACUCACCGCUGUUCGCUUGGAACUUACGAAUAAGUCGGUCAGGAAUAUAAAGAAAAAUGGCGUUCAAGGACACCGGUAAAGCCCCUGUUGAGUCGGAGGUUGCCAUCCAUCGCAUCCGUAUCACACUCACCAGCCGCAACGUCAAGUCUCUGGAAAAGGUAUGCGCAGACCUUAUCCGUGGAGCUAAGGAGAAGAACCUCAAGGUGAAGGGACCCGUCCGUAUGCCCACCAAGACUCUGCGCAUCACCACCAGGAAGACCCCCUGUGGAGAGGGUUCCAAGACCUGGGAUCGUUUCCAGAUGCGGAUCCACAAGCGUCUGAUCGACCUGCACAGUCCCUCUGAGAUUGUCAAGCAGAUCACCUCCAUCAGCAUUGAGCCUGGUGUAGAGGUUGAGGUCACCAUCGCUGACGCAUAAGCUGUUUUGUACCCCAUGCAAUAAAACCUGGAAACAGAA